GCCUCUGUCACCACUCGCACAAUUUAUACAAAGUCGUGUCGAAAUCCUGAUACACACAGGUCAUUCCAUCGUGUACAUCGACCGAGCCAAACCGAACGUCGUGGUAAAAGCGGAGCGUAUCUGGAUCGACGGCACGCCAUACGACAGGGCACCAUCGGCCGAGAAUACGAGCUACCACCUCAGUCGUGAGAACACAAUCUAUACAGCUCUGGGCUCUCACCAGUGCAUCACGAAAUGCUUCGGCCUCGACUAUGACAACCAAGGUACUGCCAUCGCGCUAAAGACUGAACUUGCAUCUGAGGGCAAUCUGCGGCACUUCAUUCGAGACGCCCCCCGCCCUUCGAUAUGUCGGCGCUUGGAGGUCGCGGUCGAGUUCGCUAGGGGUGUUGUACACCUGCAUUCUAUGGGCGUCAUCUGGGGAGACCUUUCCACUCGGAAUGCCCUCGUCUCUACCGACCUGAGUAUCAAGCUUUGCGACUUCGCCAGUUCCGUUCUCGACGGUGUGUAUCCUGAAUUCGGAGACUACACAUAUGAGCCGACCUAUCGCCCGGCCUUACCAGAAGCAGAGGUGGAUGAAUUGGCCAUGAUGCAGCAGGAGCUAUACGCCCUCGGAUCGGCUGUCUACGAAAUCAUAGAGUGGAAACGUCCGUACGCAGAAUUCGUCGACAAAGAGGGUGUGGACAUUUGGGAGGUUGUUGAAAGUGGCGUGAUGCCUGAAAUCACAGACCACAACGUUGCCCAAGAUAUCAUCCUGCGAUGCUGGCACUUUGAAUAUGAAUCGGCACGGGACGUCGCAGAUGACUUGGCAGCUCUCAUCACUAGCAUCCCAAGAGAACCACUUGCUCACAAACCUGCCAAGCAUCCAGAUGCGGCUCCCUGCCGUCAUCCCAUUCGCUUUUCCCCAACAAACGUGCAGAGAUCAAGCACAAUGCAAUGUGCAGGUAACGCAAUCUUAUGUAGUUAUGUACAACUAGGAUAUGACUAUCCUCCUGGUGCCGAUCCCGGUGUUAAUCAUGGCCCCGAUGGAUCCCAUGCUGAUUGGAGUGUUUUCUUGAACAGCAUUUGGGGAGUCGACAUGAUUUCCCGCUGGCAAACAUAUUCAGAAGAGAAUACCGCCUGAGACAAGCCAUCCAUGUUACAACGGUAUGGAGCUACG